AUGCAGCCUAGCGGGGGAGGCCCUGGAGGGCCCUCCCGGCCACAGCAGCCUAACAAGGUCUUCGUAGGAGGCCUAUCAUGGGAGACGACUGAUGAAAAGCUCGCCCAGUACUUCAGCAACUACGGGGAGGUCACGGAGGCGUUUGUGAGCUUCGACCGCAACACUGGCCGGCCGCGCGGCUUUGGCUUUGUCUGCUUUGCCGACCCGGCGGUGGUGGACAAGGUGGUGGCGCAGGGCAAGCAUCACAUAGACCGGAGAGAGGUGGAGGCCAAAAAGGCGGUCCCCAAGGAGGAGACCCCCGCCCCCGCCGCGCCCCCCGGCGACGCGGCCGCGCAGAAGACCCGCAAGAUUUUUGUCGGCGGCCUCGCGCCCACCGUCGACGACGCGGCGCUGCGGCAGUACUUUGAGCGGUUUGGCGGCGUGGAGGACGCGGUGGUCAUGUAUGACCACGACAACAAGCGGCCCCGGGGGUUUGGAUUCAUCACAUUCACCGAGGAGGACGCCGUGGAUAAGGUGUUUGCGCAGGGCGCCAUGCAGAAUAUACACGAUAAGCAGAUCGAGAUCAAGCCGGCGGUUCCGCGCGACCAGAUGCCGCCGCAGGCGGGGCUCGGCGGGCGGUUCGGCGACGCGGGCGGCGGCGCGGGCAGUCCGUAUGGGAUGUACGGCCUCAGCCCAGGCGCCGGCGGCGCGCCCGGGGGCGGCUUUGGCGGCCAGGCUGCGGGCGGCGUCGGCGGCAUGGGCGCCGCAGCGCAGGCAGCGGCGGCCGCGCAGGCGGCGGCCGCGCAGGGCAAUCUGUACGCUCUCAACAACCUGCAGCAGCAGAUGGCGCAGCAGCAGCUGGGCGGCGCAGGCGGCUUCGGCGGCGGCGCGGGCGGCAUGAGCGAGAUGGCCAAGGCGCUCAGCAGAGACAUGGCGCAGCAGGCGGCCGCCGCGGCUGGCCUCGCCAGCAAUUCCGCCGCGGCCGCGUUUGGCGGGUUCGGCGGCGGACAGCAGGCGGACAGCAGCCCCUACGCCCAGCCCGACCCUGCGGGAGGCUUUCCUGGCGCGUCGUCCGCGGACGUGGCCGCGGCCGCCGCCGCCGCCGCUGCGGCGAGCUUCGCCGCGGCGAGCGCCGCGCAGGAGGGCGGCGCCGGGCUGCCUGGCGGCACCGGGCUGCCGGGUGGCGGCUCGCUGGGCGGCGCGCCCGAGUUUCACGGGGCGUUCGACAGCGGUGCCUUUGGCGGCGGCGGCGGCCCCACUUGGAGCAGCUGA